GAGGUUUGCUUUAUGUGUUUCUUCAUAAACUCACUUUCUGAUAUUUUUAAUUUCUUUUGGGUAUCUUCUUUUCUAGAAUCAUGUCCAAUAGUUGACACUUGGGGCAGCAGUUAAGGAGUUAUGUUUGAAAGUAUCGUGAAGGCAAGUCUUGAGAUAAUAGAAUUCAGAUGGAACAAGGACCAGUUUCUUGCACACACUAUUAUCAUGGGAUUCAUGAAGAAAUGAUUUUGAGGAAGAGGUGGCUUCAAAUGAGGCCACCUUGCAUAUGGGGAGGCAGAAACGCAGCCUACAAUGGUCCUGUUGAACUGAUCAUGGCUCAUAUGCUAUGGCUUGGAUUUUUCUUUGAUUGUGUUGAGAUUUGUGGUUAG